GCUCUCUGCAUUGAGUCCAACAGCGCCGGCAACACCGCAUUGCAUUUCGCUGCAGCAGGAGGUCACACAGUGUGUGUUCAAGCGCUCCUUACGCAUGCUGGGCCUCCUAUUGAGCUGCCGGACCGCGCGCUCUUGCUGCUAACAGCCGUGAACAGAUUUGAUCGGCAGACG